CAGAGGCACUCGGGUUAUUAGACGGGUGCUCACUGUAACGCUCACUUCUGGAGAUAAGCGCGUGGUUGCAAGACCAAAACAUAAACUCGAGAGAGGCGCUGAACUUCGGAGCAUCGUUCCACGAAGAGAUAUAGACCGAACUAGCCGCCAAGAGCAAGCCAAAGAAUGACUGCUCAUCAGCCGCACCUGGACAUACCGCGCGUACAUCCUCCUAAAGCGAGAAAUGAGAGCGUCUCUUCCAUGCAAAUGGCACCCUACUCCCCCGAAGCCACAGCACUCUUCGCUACAGCCAUCACCCUCAUGGUGGUCUUUACAAUUGUGGGAAACAUAUUCGUUAUCAUCGCUGUCCUAACCAGCCGUGCACUCAGAGGACCACAGAACCUGUUUCUGGUGUCGCUGGCUGCUGCAGACAUUUUGGUGGCGACUCUCAUCAUUCCGUUCUCCCUGGCCAAUGAACUGCUGGGAUACUGGUACUUCAAGUCUCUCUGGUGUGAGGUUUACUUGGCUCUUGACGUUCUGUUCUGCACUUCCUCCAUUGCUCACUUGUGCGCUAUCUCAUUGGACCGUUACCUGUCCAUCAGCCGAGUUACCUAUGCCCGCCAGCGCACGCCUGUACGUAUCAAAGCCUCCAUCGUGGUUGUGUGGCUCAUCUCGGCCAUCAUCUCUUUCCCUCCUCUCCUGUCACUGAAUAAGACGGCGCCAGGGGGUGAGGGGAGUGAACGGGGGCCUCAGUGCCAGCUGAACGAUGAGCGCUGGUACAUCCUUUACUCCACCAUCGGCUCCUUCUUCGCUCCGUGUCUCAUCAUGAUACUUGUCUACUUAAGGAUCUACCAGAUUGCCAAGCAGCGCACACGAAACCCGCCAGGUGAGCCCAGGAAAGACGGGGUGGGCUGUGCUACCCCGAGCCAAACCCCUAGAGGGACCCAGGCCAAUGGGAAAGAGGACAACGAAGAAACCCCAGCAAUGCCCCACAGAACCAUCAGCAUCAGACCGCCCACCCUGGCUGUUACUCCAUCACCGUCCCCUGAUCAGGCCAACGAGAUCCCCUCUUCUCCCUCCUCCACCACCAAAAACCUACUCCAUCCUCCGGACCCAUCCUUAGCUUCAGCCCCGAACGUGACCUCCCCUCUUACCUCUCCCAUGGGUCAGUCACCCUCCUCAAUCUCCCGCUCUCCCUCCUCUAUCCUCCCACCACAAGCCCCCGCCAAACCCAAAGAUGGAGGGAAGAAGGGGAACGUAAAGAAAGGGAAGAAGUAUAACAACAAUGGGGACAGCUCCAACAGCUCUGACAGUGACAUGGAGCCGGAGGUAGGUGGCAGAAGGGGUGUAAACACAAGCAGCAUGGCGGGUUCGCCUGGCAUCCACUCCCCUGCCACCAUUCAGAAGUACAGGGACAUGAUUGCCACUUCUAAGGGGGCUCGUUUGGUAGCAGGGAGGAGGUCUAAGCCGGAAAGCACUCCAGGAUCGGCACGACGUAAAGCCAUGGUGAACCGAGAAAAACGCUUCACAUUCGUCCUGGCCGUGGUGAUUGGAGUGUUUGUUGUAUGCUGGUUCCCUUUUUUCUUCUCCUACUCGCUGCAGGCCAUCUGCCCUGAAACAUGCAUUCUCCCUGAUCCUCUCUUUAAGUUCUUCUUCUGGAUUGGCUACUGCAACUCCUGUCUGAACCCUGUCAUAUACACCAUCUUCAACCAGGACUUCAGGAAGGCUUUUAAGAAGAUCCUUUGUAAGAACAACAAGGGCACCUUCUUUUAGACUGGCGGCUUUGUAAGGACACCUGCCAACCUUUUAGAAAAGGGGCCUUAAAUCGAUGACCUGCAAGGCAAUCCCUUCUUUCCAGUUUCUUCUAAACCCUUUGAGGUGUUCAAAACAGCACAACUAUUAUUUCUGUUGCCAGACAUUAUGACUGAUUUUAGAUUCUAAUUGAUGGUAUUACAAAGGGUUGCCUAACAUGUCCAAAACAUCUACAGAUUUUUGAAUUAGAAAGCUUUCUGAGAAUAGCCAUAGCCAAGCUCACCUCACAUCAGGCUUAAAAAGAUCUAGCGUACGUCAGCAACUAACGGCUUGUUGCUUUCCCCCUGGGAUCUAGACAAAUUCAGCUGUUACAUGGACUGGAAAAUUGUCUAUUGCAAGGAAAUAGUGCAGAGAGCAUGUGCAAUGUUCUGUUAAUUCUACUUUUCAUGAAAUUCUGCUUUCGAAUGAUUAUGUGUUCGAAUGAAAGGGCAUGAUAAUUCUUAUUCAGUUCAAAGGUGACAAUGGGCAGCCUCGGGGCCCCCUAAGCAAAAUUGUAAAGUCAGACUUUACAAAAAAGAUGAACAAUUAGUACAUGACAUUUAUUUUUCUUCCCAAGUGUUUCCACAUAAAACAUUGAUACUGUAUUCAAUUAUAUGUCUUAAGUAAUAAAGGUAUGAAAUUAUUGCUAUUUUCAAAUUUUGCAAUAUUCAAUUCAUUAUUAUUUUUCGGUCCCCUCUAAAUUCCAAUUGGACAUAAAUUGGCCUGCAGCUUAAUGGUGUUACCCAACCUUGUGGUUUUAAAGGUAGGUGGGUUGUUCCAAGGUAUGUGCAUAACAAUAGGAGGAAAAGAAAAAUACAUUUGGGCUUUUUAGUCACUUGCUUUUAUGAUAACAGUGUAAUGCUGUUCUUGUCUGAUUAACUGACUAACUGACAUUAAAGUUCUGUGAUCAGUUUGAUUUAAAACAGAGGAAUGUUUUAGGUUCAGACGUACACAAUUGCUAGCUGAAAAUUAAAGAUCAACAUCACAACCUGGAGCGGCAGCUGUUCCAGGGACUGUAAAAUUAGAAAAACAAAUGUGAACCACGCGAGGAGAUCAUAGGCCGGAUCUGUAGGCCUGUUUAAGCAAGGCCAGAGGCACCUUUCUUUAUCAGAGGGCAGAACCAUGAGGAACGCACAAGACCCCAAUCGCCUGCCUACUUACGUCUUCAUCGUUGUUUUUAUCGUGCCUCAGGAAUAACGUGUUCCAGGACAGAUUUCAUCCACAAGAGAUACAACAAAACUCUUACUGUUCAAAAGACAACACAGGCUCCCUCUCAAACUCUGAUCCCCCACAGUGCUCUGAUGCCCAACACUGGGGAUUAGGCUGAUUUUUAUCACUAGUAUACCUUGCCGCUGGCUUUGUGUUUUAAGGUGAGGACAGUGGGUGGGGUGCAUCUCAAUAGUCAAUUAUGGCUUGCUGUAUUCGUGUCUGUUCCCUCAUCUGCACUAAAUAUUUUGUUUGUCCACCUGGCCGUCACUGUGUUAGUGAAGGUAAACUAAAAAUGAAGAGAGAAAACCACCUUAGACUGAUGUUGUACACCCAUGUAAGAGAGAACCGGAAUCCCAAAUACCAUCCUAUUUUUGUAGUGCACUACUUUUGUCAGAGCUGAAGUCAGAAUUAGUGCACUUUGUUGGGACUGAUCUCAUUUGUAAUCAAGCUAGUGUCUUAAAGAGAGCCUUAGAAAGGACAGCUUCACCAAUCCCCCAGUUGCACAGGGUACAACACAUGUAUUUUAAAGGAGGAACUAAGCCACCUGAGUCAGACCACUCUAUUAAGGUCUGAAACAAACGGUCGUAAACACACUAUAUUGAUUAUAAAAAUCCUUGUUUUUAUACAUGAUCAGCUAUUUAUGGAAGUACAUUAAUCCCACAAGAUAAAAGUACUUGAUUAAGCCCCAUAAUGGGAGAUACGGAAUGAGGUUGAUUGAUUAUUUAAUUGACUGAAUGGGAGAUAUGCCUGUACAAGCUGAUUGGACUGACGUGGUUCUUUCUUUAAUUUAUGCUACUUUUCAAUAAUGUUCUUUGUGUACUGUGUUUCUCAGAAACUGACAGGUCAUGAUCCUCACAGAGGCUGUGUCUGUAACUGUGAAUGCUUUACAGGUGUUAUGACACUGUGGGACAAGGGCUGUUGGCAAUAACACACUCCUUUUGUCAAAUGCUGCUGACCCUUGCAUGUGUGUGUGAGGUGAGACGAGACGCAUUGUCUAAUAAACAUAUAUAAAAUGUUUGAUGUACUCAUGGACUGCGUUAACGCCUCUUUUGGCAGUUACUGUAUAUUGUGGAUCUCACACUGUUAAAUUAAGCACAGAAAAUAGUUUUGGUGGUAAACACUGGCCAAAGAGCUCUUUCCCUGGGGUACACUAGUCAUGAGAGGACAAAAGGGAGUGGUACCAGAAAUAAUAGCAAGCACACGGUUCUGAAUUGUCUUAAGGAUAUGAGUACAAUCAAGGGCAAGCUGAAUGUUAUUCAUUGCAAUUGCUUUUUGUAUUGAGAUAUGCAUUUUGUGGAUCUUCUCUCAAUCAACCAUGGACGUUUAGUGACCCGCGAGGAAUAGAAGAGCCUUUGACACCAGCUGACACGGCAUGUGACUGUCACGCCCACCUAAGGACUGUGAUUGGAUAAGCUAUAUGUAUUAUUUAUUUAGAGACAUUUUGUGUUUCCUGUUUGUAGAAUAUUUAUUUUUUCUUGCUGACUGUGCGGUCCAAGCAAAGCAAAGCUAAUGUGAAGAAAACCAAGUAAAAGCUGUAUAAAAUCAUGUUAUUAUGUUGAAUGAGAUUCAUUGAUUGAAGUUGGCAGAGGAAAAGGGUUCAGACACAAACCUGUGUGUUGGGUUUGGGGUUAUUUUGGCUGGGUUUACACAGGCAGCCAAAUUAAGAUUUUUAUGCAGUAAUUGAGCAAUCACAUCAGAUUUUCAAAUCAGAUCCCUUUCAAAUCUGAGCUGAUUGGAUAUAAAUCAGGGGGAAAUAUAUUUGAAUUGGGAAGUCUGUUGUAACACACCCUUCUACUGGAACUCAGUCAAUGCUCAAGAUGACUGUAAUACAUUUAAUUAAUAAAUGAUAUCCUUUACAAUAUUGGUUAAAACUGGGUUAUAUGGACUAUGAGUAUAAUUUUACUGCAGCAUAAGGUUGCAAAUGAAGGGUUUAAUACUUGACACUUUCUAAAUUUACCAGUAAACUACCCGAAUUUUGGUAAGUUCAAAAUGUUAUAAAAUUACUUCUAGUGAACAUUUUGGGCAUGUUA